AUGGCUUUGCUGUGGCUGCUUGUGCUGCUGGCCCUGGCCCGGCCCGUGGGGGCCGCCUGGGACACGUGCAGAGGCACCUGCGGGCUCCGGCCCAUGGCCUUCGACCACAGAUCGCUGGUUGUGGACUAUGACCCCUCAGAUGGUGACUACGGAAACCUGGGCUCUUCUGAUGGCACUUCCCUCGCUGAGGAUGGCUCUGGUGUCCCCUCAGGGACCUGGCCUGGCAUCGCCAGCAUCCAGGUCACCAUGGAGAGUGGCACGUGGCACAUGUGCUCGGGGGCACUCAUCCAUCCCCAGUGGGUCCUGUCGGUCGCACACUGCUUCACUGAGACUGGGGACAUCUCCAGAUGGGAAGUGGUGAUCGGGGCCACGGAUCUGGCUAAACCGGGCCCUGAGUCCAAGCAGUGUCACAUCAAGAGGAUCCUGAUGCACCAGGAAUAUGACGCUGACUCGGAGUGGAACAACAUCGCCCUACUGGAGCUGGACCAGCCCGUGGCGUGCAGCGACUACAUCCAGCUGGGCUGUGUGCCCGACAGCUCCCUGGCAGUGCCCGAGCUGAAAACCUGCUACAUUGCGGGCUGGAGAGCCACCCCGGGCAGCGCCCGGAGCCCACGCCUGGUGCUGCAGGAGGCCAAGGUGCGGCUCAUGGACGUCCAGCUUUGCAACAGCAGCCGCUGGUACGGGGGGGCCGUGCACCCCCAGGACCUGUGCGCGGGGUACCCGCGGGGCGGCAUCGACACCUGCCAGGGGGACAUCGGGGGACCUCUGGUCUGCAAGGACAACGUUGGUGACUACUUCUGGCUGGUGGGACUGGCCAGCUGGGGUGAGGGCUGUGCCGGGGCCAAGCGACCCGGGGUGUUCACCUCCACCCAGCACUUCCACACCUGGAUCCAGGUGCAGAUGGGUUUGGUCCCGCCUGACAAGGAGGUGCCACCUCCAGAGCCAGCCCCGCCCCCCAUCAUUGAGGAAGAGCCAGCAGAAUUGGAACCGGUACCAAUCCCUGAACCAGAACCCAUACCAGUACUAGAAAAAGAAGAGGAAGAAGAGGAAGAAGAAGAAGAAGAGGAAGAAGAAGAAGAAGAAGAAGAAGAGGAAGAAGAAGCGAAAUCGGACACGUUUAUAACAAUUCCAUUCCCCAAGGGCAUCCUGCUACGGUUCUUUGGGAGCCUGCAGGACUUCCUGGAGUUCCUGCGGGACAAAAUGGAUUGA